GUAAUUUUACACCCAAAAAAAAAAAAAAACUAAAAACAGGUUUCGAAAAUCAAAACUCAAAAAUCCAAAAUCAAAUCAAAGCUCUCAACUCAGCUUCGAACACCAAACUCUCUCUCUCUUCUUCUCCAUUCAAAUUUGUGAUUUUUUCUAGAGAGAGAGAGAAAUCUCAGUAGAAUUUGUGAUUCAAAUCCUCAAAUUUCACUCUAUUUGCAAAAAAGCCCCUUUUUUUAGGGUCUGAAUCCCCAAUUUGGGGAAAUCGCCGCCGUAUCUCGGCCGUUGCCGCCGUUACCGUUAACCAUGAUCGUUAGAACUUACGGCCGUCGAAAUCGAGGCAUUUCCAGAACCUAUUCAGACGGAUUAAACGACGCCGUUAACGACGAAGAAGGAGAAGAAGACCCUUUCAGUUUUAGGGAUUCUUUGUCUCAAUCUCAAGAAGGAGAAGAAAACCCUUCUCUUCUUCGUUCUCAAUCUCAGGAAGAUCAUCUCUUUAGUGGUGUUGGUGGUGGUAGUAUACCCUUUUCUUCGCAGGAUUCUUGGUCUGCUUCUGCUUUCGAUUUCGAUUUCGAUUCGUCUCAGGGUAAUGGAAAACCUAAGAGGGUUAGGGUUGAGAAGAAGGAAUUAAUUGAGGAGACUCAGGAGAAGAGUUUUCGGCCUUGUAUUCCGGCGGCGACUUCGACUUUGAUGGAGGCUCAGGAGUUUGGGGAGAUGAUGGAACAUGUUGAUGAGGUUAAUUUUGCUCUUGAUGGGCUUAGGAAGAAUCAACCUGUGAGGAUUAGGAGGGCGAGUUUGAUGUCUUUGUUGUCUAUUUGUGGUACGGCUUAUCAGAGAAGGCUUCUGAGAACUCAAGGGAUGGCGAAGACGAUUGUUGAUGCCGUUUUGGGCCUUAACCUUGAUGAUUCAGCAAGCAAUUUAGCUGCUGCUUGUCUACUUUAUGUCUUGACAAGUGAUGGUCAAGAUGAGCACCUUUUGGAAUCACCCAGUUGCAUUAGAUUUCUAAUUAGGUUGUUGAAACCAAUAGUGUCUACUGCUACUGAAGAAAAACUUCCAAAAAUUGGUAGUAAGCUUCUAGCAUUACGCACCGACAUUUUGCAAAACACCAAGAAAAAAUUAGACUCCAGUUCUGCUGCACUUUUUUCCAAAGUUCGUGAAAUUCUUGUGAGUUGCAAGGAGAUAAAAUCGAGUGAUAGUGAUAAGGAUGAUAGUAGCAUGGAAAAGCCAGACUUAUGUCCAAAAUGGAUAGCUUUGCUGACCAUGGAGAAGUCAUGUUUAUCUACCAUAUCUCUUGAAGAAACCACUGGGACAGUAAGGAAAACUGGGGGCAACUUUAAGGAAAAAAUGCGAGAGCUUGGAGGACUUGAUGCUGUCUUUGAGGUUGCCAUGACUUGUCAUUCCGAUAUGGAGAGUUGGAUGGAAGAUGGCUUACCAUCUACUCAGGAUGUAAAACUCGAAAUAGAUAUGCAAAGCUUAUCCUUGCUUUUGAAAUGCUUGAAGAUCAUGGAGAAUGCAACAUUCUUAAGCAGUGAAAAUCAGCACCAUUUACUUAGGAUGAAACGCAACAUACCUUCAUCGGGGAGCCCCCUGUCGUUUACACAGCUUGUUAUGAGUGUCAUUAAGAUUCUAUCAGAUCUUUAUUUACUCAAAACUUCUGCUGUGGCUUCAACUAAAGAAAAGUUUGCUUCAAUUACCGGCUCUAAAGGGAAUGACGAUGUGGAUUUAUUUUUUGAUCCCAUUAAAAGCAGCCCAGAGAAGAUUUUCUCUGACAAAAGCUUCAAUAUAAGUCGGGGUAAUCAAUUUUUGUCCUCUUCACGGUUGGAUUGUUCUAAUUCUGAAACUACGAGCACCUCAAUGAAUGAUUCCUGUUCAGUAAGGACAAGACUUAAAUCUUCUUCAUCCAGCUCAUGCAGUGGAACAUCUAGGAGUUUACUUGGUAUGCAUAAACUUAAGAAUGGUUCUAGAAAAAAUCUUGGUAUCGUCCAAGGAUUGUAUAAUAAUGAAGAUAUAAAAUCUGAACUUUUGGAGGAGGACCAAGAUCCUUUUGCAUUUGACGAAGACGACUUUGGACCAUCUAAGUGGGAAGCACUAUAUGGAAAGCCAACUACAUCUCGUACUAAAAAAAGUGGGGAACUGAGCAGAGAAAGAGAACUUGUUGAGGAUUGUGUGGCUCAAAUAAUAAUGAGUCAACAGGAAUCAAUUAAUCGAGAAGCUAAUCAUUCGCAAGAAGCUUCCUGCUCUUCUGCUAUCAGUGAAGAGUCCAUUCUCUUAGCGGACUGUCUUCUUACUGCUGUGAAAGUUCUAAUGAACUUGACAAAUGACAAUCCUGUUGGCUGUCAGCAAAUUGCUGCCUGUGGAGGACUCGAGAUAAUGUGCUCCUUGAUUGCUGGCCACUUCCCUUCAUUUAGCUCGUCUUCAUCUCUUUCCAAGGAGAUAAAAACGAAUGGUUCACCUGUUGAUGUUGAUAAUCGUUUAAGUGAUCAAGAACUAGAUUUUCUUGUUGCUAUUUUGGGCCUUCUCGUGAACUUGGUAGAGAAGGACGGUCAAAACAGAUCACGGCUUGCAUCAGCCAGUGUACAAUUGCAUAAAUCAGAAGGUUUUAAAGAGCUGACUAGCAAGGAUGUAAUUCCUCUACUCUGCUCCAUCUUUUUGGCCAACCAAGGAGCAGGCGAGGUGGCCCAGGAAGAGAAAUGUUUGCAAGAGAAUGACGAGGUUGAAGCAGCACUGGUGCAAGGAGAAAAAGAAGCCGAAAAAAUGAUAGUUGAAGCUUAUGCAGCAUUGCUUCUAGCAUUCCUAUCUACAGAAAGUAAGAGCAUACGGGACUCUAUAGCCGACUGUCUCCCGGAUCACAACUUGUCGAUUGUUGUCCCUGUUCUCGACAGAUUUGUGGCAUUCCAUUUGUCAUUAAACAUGAUAUCCCCGGAGACUCAUAAAGCAGUGAGCGAAGUAAUCGAAUCGUGUAGGAUACCCUGAGAAAACUUCUUGAGAUUCUGUACAGACUCUUACCCUUCAUAUUCCCGAAUACAACUCUUUCGUUGUUACGAGAAACGACCACCAGAGAUUUGGGUCUGUUGCAUCAUAAUUCGUAUAAGAUUUGACCAAUCCUGUGUUAAUUACAGUCUAGUUGACAUGUGUUCCCUCUUCUUCUUCUUCUCUUUAUAAUUUUUGUAUCUUUUUCUAUUUCAUUCUUUUGUAGGGUCUUUUUUUUGGGGGGGUUUCUCACCAAUUUGAUGAGGAAGGAGAUAUUAUUGUAUACAAAAAUGAUAGCAUAAAAAAAAGCCAAUGCAAAAUGUAAUUUGUGUUUGUAUUAA